UGGUGAUAUCGUAGUGUUCAACACAGAAUUUAUUACCAAAGUUCAAAUCAGAGUGUCAAACCUGCCUGGAGUCAUCAAAAUCGAAAUGGAGAUAGAGCGUGAAUUUGUCAGUGAUCUUUUGUGGCAAGUGAUCGAGAAGGUUGCAAAUGCAUCUACUCUGCAUCAUGUCAGAACGACCUUUGAGGGCAUCCAUGAUGCCCUCUUGUGUGUAAUUAUGGCAGAAAUUAAGGAAUUAGAUCUGGAAGUCUUGACUACAGUGUCAGAAGAGCUAAGUGAGAAUAUCUUCCAAAGCAUCGCCAGAGAUUCUUUCCAAUUUGCUAGCGAAUUGUGUUUAUUUACAUCACUUAUAUACCCACAAGUGCAUCCAAGAAUAGUGAGAAUGUUCAAACGUCACCUGAAGAAUCCUGUUCCUCCAGAACCUACCAAAAUGAAGAGAUUUUUCUCAUCUGUAGGAGUAAAGAUGAAAAAGACUUUCAUUGUCAGCGAGAGCUUGUAUUCAGAUGAAAACUGCGUGAGUGAGAGUUUUCUUGAAUCCACUUAUCCUAAAGGUACAGAACCAGUGCAGUACGGCACCGACAAGAUAAUCAGACGUGGAACAGAAGCAGAACGUAACAAAAUGGUAAGAUUAGUUCUUUGGAAGCUAAUUAGUAAGGCUAGUUAUAGAUCAGUGACAGCAUAUAAAAUGAGAGACAGGGUACGUCUCCACUGUAGGCUUUUUGGAAUACUCUGGGAAGAAAUAAAGGAUCUAGACUUUGUCCUUUUCCCCAAGAUGGAGAAAAAACUCAGUGCAGACAUCUACCAACUUCUAAGUGGAAACGAAGAUAUUGUAAAGGAUCGGCUUUUUCACCUCAUGACACUGAAAAACCCAAUUGUUGAUUUCAAGAUUAUCACUUGUUUCAAAAGAACCUUGGCACAUCCCAGAAAAGCUCAUUUCCCACAAAGCUGUCUGAAAAUUGCUCAGAAACACUUCCGAAAUGUUGUCUGUAACAUGUUCUGUCUUAACCGAGUUCAUCCACGUUCAAGAAGCCCUGAGCUAGGCCGUCAACUGAACCUGUAAGGGAACCUGAAGGCCAGGACGCAACUGAAUCCCCUGUCAGUGAACUUGAAACCUCAGAGCUGUCACAGCACAAUUUCCCAGUACCUCAAAACUCAUCCAUGACACCUGUGGAGUGUGCUGAACAAAUACGCGUAGAAAGUGAAGAUGUUGUCUCUGGGACGUUCUGCGAAGUGCUUCCUGAUGUUGCUGCGUUAAUAGCCGUGUGUCAUCCAAUUAUCAUACAGGUGCGUCCUUGUAAUCGUGUUCUAAAAGAUCCUGAAAGCCAACAGAACACAAAUUAAGACCCUGCAAAUUUGAAUGUAUGUAAUCUGGUUUCAGAAGAUCUGGAAUGAAUAGGAAGCACACAAUCCUUAGCGGCUGAAUGUUUCCUGAAUGGUGUUUCAUUUUUGAUGUUCGGCAAACCAUCUGCAAACACUUGCAUACCUAUACCAUGCAACAAAACAAGAUAGCUCUUAUCACAGACCUUCAAUAGUUAAAAAUAAAUAAAUUACAAAUGAAAAACAACACUAUAUAGUCUUGAAAAAGGAUUUUACAUAAAAUUAAGAAAAUUAUGGACAACCCUGACCAUCCUCUUCCAUGAGACUGUCUCCGGGAGGCAGAGUGUUGCAGUCUUCUUCAGAGUCGCUGUAAUACAGACUGCUACAGGAGAUGCCCAAAGUCAUCACCACCUACAAGUCUUUAAAGAGUCUUGAAUAAUUUAAGUUGCCACAACAUUUAGUUCCCAUUGUAAUUAAAGUAUUUUAAUUGAA